AUGAAGGAGCAGCAGCUUACGGUGGCCCUUCGCAUCCGUCCCAUCAAUGAAGCAGAAGUAGAGGAGGGAGCUGCCCUCAUUGCCCGCAGAGUGGGUGAGCAGAGGGUGGUCCUGAUGGAUCCAAGUGAAGAUCCAGAUGACAUCUUGCGAGCUAACAGAUCCCGAGAAAAAACAUUUGUAUUUGACAUGGUUUUUGAUCAGAGAGCGACCCAGGAGGAAGUGUAUGUGUCUACGACCAAAAACCUGAUAGGAGGAGUAAUCUCUGGCUACAAUGCAACCAUUUUUGCCUAUGGUCCAACAGGAGCAGGAAAAACAUACACGAUGCUAGGGACGGACAGUGAACCAGGGAUUUACAUCCGCACUCUUGAUGAUCUCUUCAAGGCCCUUGAAGCUACCACUGAGGAGAUGGAUUACAGAGUCUCUAUGUCCUACCUGGAGAUCUAUAAUGAAGUGAUCCGUGACCUCCUGAACCCAUCCUUGGGGUUCUUAGACCUAAGAGAGGACCCCAGAGGCAGCAUCCAGAUAGCAGGAAUUACAGAAGUCUCCACUACAAAUGCUCAGGAGAUCAUGCAGCUGUUAACGAAAGGAAACAAGGAACGCACUCAGGAACCCACUGCUGCCAACAAGACGUCCUCCCGCUCGCACGCAGUGCUGCAGGUGACAGUGACACAGAAAAGCCGAAGGAAGGUGAUGGGUGAGGAAGUACGAAUUGGAAAGCUCUUCAUGGUCGACUUGGCAGGGUCAGAGAGAGCAGCCCAGACUCAGAACCGGGGCCAGAGGAUGAAGGAAGGAGCCCACAUCAACCGCUCGCUGCUGGCUUUGGGCAACUGCAUCAACGCUUUGAGCGAGAAGGGCGGGAGCCGGGCCCAGUUUGUGAACUUCCGAGACAGCAAACUCACGCGUCUGCUGAAGGACUCAUUAGGGGGCAACAGCAGGACAGUGAUGAUUGCACAUAUCAGCCCAGCCAGUACCUCCUUUGAAGAAUCUCGAAUGACCUUGAUCUAUGCCUGUCGAGCAAAAAACAUCAAGACACAGGUAAAAUGUAACCUGCAGAACGUUUCCUGCCACAUUGACCAAUACACCAGCAUCAUCACAGACCUCCGAAGGGAGACUGAGCGCCUGAAGGAGAGAGUAAAGAACCAGGAGAAGGAGAAAAGUGCAGUCAGCACCAACCUCAGGGAUCUGCAAGCAGAGAGGCACCAAGGCUCUGAGGUACACAGUGGCCAAGUAAUGAACACCUUGCGGGCACAGCUGAUGGAGGCUUUCAGGGAGCAAAUGGAGAUGCAUCGCAGCCUGAUGGAGCUGGAAAACACCAACAUUGAGCUGCAGGUUGAUACCUGCAGGCACCUCCUAACAAUCACUGACUGGGAACGAGAGAAGGCUCAGGGUGCAUCCAAGCAUGGCAAGCCAGCAAAGGAGGAGAACAAUGAAAACACAGAGGAGGAAAACAGGGAAGCGGAUAUCAAAGAUUCACCUGAACCUCAUGAAGUUACAGUAGCAAGAGAAGAGAUCAACCUGCUGCUGGCAGAGCAGCGCAGGACAGCAGCUCUGAAGACAGAGCUGGAGCAGCAUUUAGCAAAUGCCAAGGAAAAAGCUUCCCAGAUGGAGGAGUUUUUCCCCAGACAAAUCACCAGUGAGGAUCAGCAGGAGGUGCUCAGGCUCCUCUGCAGAGCCCAUGAGCUUGAGCUUGGCAACACUGAGCUGCAGGCAAAUACACUGUACAAGGAGAAUCUAUUGUGCCAGAAUGAUUUUGUGAUCCAGCAACUGCAGCAGCAUAUGCUACUCUGUGAAGAAAUUAUUCAGCAGCAGCAGACGCUGAUAAAAGGAGAGGAGCAAAUAGCAGGUGGCUGGAACUGUGAAAAUUUGCACAUGAGGUAUCAAGAGCCCCACAACAGUCCUCCUCUGGAUGUAAGUCAGCAUCUGGCUCUAAAGAUAGAUGAGAUCAGAAAGGGACUACCUGGGAACAUGAAGGAUCUUCUUUGGGGAGUGAAGUUUGAUGUUCCCUCCAUCGUCCUUGAGUCAGACAGUCUGGAGACCUUGAAGGAAAUUGCUGCCAACACCAAAAGCAUCUCCCUCAUUGCAGCCAGUCGCCUUUCCAGAGCCCAACACAGAGACCUUGGGAGCCAUGUCUCCUCAGCCUGCUUCUCUGAGGAGGAUACACUUGAGCUGAAGUAUCUAGAAGCCAUUUCCACCCCAGAUUAUCAGACGAGAGAUAGUGCAAGUGUUGGGAGUUUGCUGUUGGAGCCUACAGCUGGGAGCCAGGUGUGCUCCCCAACCAGGGGAGUGCUGAAGAACAGGAGAGACCAGGAGAUAUCUGCUGAGAGGACAGCCAGGAAGAAAAGAUCACACUCUCUUGAACCAAACUUCCACAGG